AUGGCCGCCCGAGAGGAACUGCACCGCCACCACCUGCGACAGAGACGGGCGUUUCGUGAGAGGAAGGACGUUCUGAACGAGCUAGAUGACCGUGAGUUGGUGAAGAGAUAUCGGCUGGACCGUGCUGGUAUCACUUUCGUGACAGACUUGGUGCGGGAAAGGCUGAAGAGACCUACUGUAAGGAACGAGGCCCUCUCCCCCGAGAUGCAAGUGAUCAUCACUCUGCGGUACCUUGCUACAGGGAAGAUGCAGCAGUGCAGCGCUGAUGAUUUAGGGACCUCACAGCAGACCAUCAGCAGGGUCAUCAUUGAUACUUUGGAAGCACUCUCAGACAAUGCCAUCCUCUCCCAGUUCAUACGAUUUCCAGUCACCCAACUGGAAACUCAGAGGAGGAAGGAGGAGUUUCUUCAGAUUGCUGGCUUCCCUGAAGUGAUUGGUGCCAUUGAUGGGACACACGUGAGGAUUGUGGCACCAAUUUGUGUUUGA